AUGGGUCUGCCGCACAGAGGAGGACCCUGGGGCUGGACGUGGACACGGGCAGCCGGGAACAAGGCUUGCAUCGGAGGCGGGAGCACGAGCCGGGAAAAGGGCUCUUUUCCGCCUGACGAGGCUGGAAUUCGGGAACCUUUGAACCGCCCAAGUCAAUUUCAAACACGCUUUUGGCAGACCCGUAGUGGAAGUCAUUGGUUACGAGUCAAGACGUACAAACUAAACCGUUUGAAUACUAUUAGGCCUGAGACUGUGACAUCUUCCUCCAGCACAGUGGCAGUGUGCUUUGUCCUGGGAACAAGUCUGUUUGGUGUUACCAGAAAUAUCUGUAGAGCAAUUGAAUUGUUGGAAAAACUACAAAGGAGUGGGGAGGUACCACCACAGAAACUUCAGGCUUUACAAAGAGUCCUGCAAAGUGAAUUCUGCAAUGCUGUAAGAGAGGUAUAUGAACAUGUCUAUGAGACUGUGGACAUCAGCAGCAGUCCUGAAGUGAGAGCUAAUGCUACUGCAAAGGCUACUGUUGCUGCAUUUGCUGCCAGCGAAGGACAUUCUCAUCCUCGAGUUGUUGAGCUUCCAAAAACAGAAGAGGGCCUUGGGUUCAAUAUCAUGGGAGGCAAAGAACAGAACUCUCCAAUCUAUAUAUCUCGAAUAAUUCCAGGAGGAAUUGCUGAUAGACAUGGGGGCCUCAAGCGAGGAGAUCAACUUCUCUCUGUUAAUGGAGUGAGUGUGGAAGGAGAACAUCACGAAAAAGCUGUAGAACUGCUAAAAGCAGCUCAAGGAAAGGUUAAAUUAGUAGUGCGAUAUACACCUAAGGUCUUAGAAGAAAUGGAGUCACGUUUUGAAAAAAUGAGAUCAGCCAAACGCAGGCAGCAGACCUAAUGCAGUUCGGAACUUUAUAUUCCAUUUUGCUUUUAGCUAGAGAAGUUUUACUGGUGACCUACUGAUGGCCGCAGUGCCAACAAUUAUAAGGAAAAACAAACUUCCCGUGAAAUGCUCCUUGCCAUUUUAUAAAUGCCUAUUUUAAAAUCAUUUGUGGUUCCAGAGAUGCAUACACUUUUUUCUGACAGGAAAAAGUAAAAGGUGAUGAGGGCAAUUUUGUCCUGCUCUUUUUACAGGCCUUUUUCAAAUGAAGAUUUUGUCAUAAAGUUGUUAUAGAUUUUUAAUAAUGCUUUUUAAAUAUUAAGAUGUACUUUUACAUUCUUAAUCUUUUUUUAGAAAAAAAAAGUUCUUUGUUUGAUGCUUAUUUAAAAAUAAUAGUUCUCAAAUUCUUUAUUUGCUUUUUUUUAACCUGUAAAAUUCCUUUAUAGUUUUCCAAAAAAAAUUAAACAUGACAGUUUCAGCUACAGCAGCUCAUUACAUUGUCAGUGUUAACAUCACUGCUGCAUUUUGUACUUUGAACACACACAUAAUAUAUAUAAUCAUAGGUAAGUCAUAACUCAGCACAGUGGAAGUUUUUUACUUUUAUUUAAACAUAAUGUAUAGUGAAUACUCAUUUGUACUGAUUUAUAAAAGUAAGUUUUUAAACACUGAAACAAUCAUUGGUAAAAUAUGUAUUCUUUCAUAGUGUUUGAGCAGAAAAGCAAAAGGAUGUAAUUUGUGUGUUAGCAUUACUGAUUAGAUCUAUUUAUAUUCAACAGUAUGUCAAAUUACAAAUGCUAAAACAGGUUCAGGUUUCAUCUUUUGCAAUUUUUUUUAAUGCUACUCAUUUCUAUUUAAAUAUAUUUUUUAUAUUUUAGUCCUUCCAUUCCUAGAGAUGAGCCAUUUCGUUUGUGGUGGGAAAUAGCAGAAGCAAAGAAGAAAAAGUAAUACUUUAACCUCAUUAGUCUCAAGAGUUAACACACUUUUACCAGCUCAGUUUAAAGCAUUGAUUUUAAAUAGGUUGAUUAUAGGAGGAUAUAUGUAAUAAGAUGUAUAGAAAUUAUGAGGUGAUGUGUUCAUAAGAAUCUGCAGACUGUCGAGAUGAAUACAAACUUAAUCAUGUUAAAAUGGUUUGAUUUAGAGAUGGGAUCUUUGUUUAUGAUUCAAUAUGAUGGGAAUUGUGAGAGAUACUUUCAGUUGUCCACUGGAUGUCACUGUUUUACUGAAAGGCAGCUAUUAGUGAAGGACUGUGACGGGACUCUUUUUAAAGGCUGGAAUUAAAGAAUUGAGGAUCAUUUUUAGUCAAUAACUUAGGAACAUUUUUAAGUGAGAGAUGCUAAAAGGAAGGUAGUGGUUUGAAAUAUAUAAGGAACUUAGACCCUGUAUAAGAAGUGGGCAUUUUAAAACAUUCCUUCAAGAAGACUAUAAAUGUAUACUUUUUCCUGCAUGUUUGUGAGCAUUGUGAGUCUUAAAAGAUUAUUCCAGUUUUCAGUGUUUUUUUCAGAAUAAAAGUCAAUUGGCAUUGUUAUUUAUCAUUUAGGUAUUGAACACUGGAUUGCAUGGUUGGAUGUGUCUUUAGUCCACUACAAAAUGUGCUUGUUAUUAAUAGGAAUGUUGUUAAAUUGUAUAUUUUCAAAAUUAAUAAUUUUUUUAAAAUGUUGAGACCAAAGUAGUGUAGAAGAAUUAUGGACUUAAUUUAAUUGUAAAAUUAUUAGAGGUAUUUGUUGUAGAGCUUUAUAUAUUAAAGAGAGAUAUUGGUGCAUAUAAAACAGUAAUGUUGUUAUGCUCGUGUUCUUGCAUUACAAAGUAAACCCUAAAGAAACCUUAUUUUAGUAUAGCUACAGCUGCAGUAGCUUUUAAGGGCGUGUCAACAUUUCAUUAUAAAUUAUAGCUUCCUGGUUCAGUAUCUCAGCUGUUUCAGAACUUGCAGCCAAGUUAAAUCUUUUUUGGUGUUGAAACUUAAUAAGUUGAGUAAGCUAUUUUUUUUUCUUCUACAGUAAUCCACAAUCUGUUCUUUGUGUGGGUUGGCACUUAUUUAUAAUUCUUAAAAUAAAGAUAGCUUAAAAGAGCCAAAUACAGUAGUUUUGCUUGCUACUGUUGAGCAUGAAUAGCAGUAGUUUGUUUUUGUUAAAAAGUUUUCAUAGUGUAUCCCAGAAUUUUAAAUUCUUUCCAUAGAAGAAUUCAAUUAUUCAGUGGCAAGGAUGUACAGUAAAUAGUAGUUUGCUAUCAUGAGGAAAUGAAGGAAUUUUUCAUUUUAUAAAUAAAUGUAUGAUUCAUGAACAUAACCAAGCACGUAGUAAGUAUAUAAUAGGUGUUUGAUUUGUGAAAUAUAAAUAUAAUUAUCCCCUCCCCAGUUUCCUUUUUUUUUUUUUUUUGUAUUUCAAAAUGGGUUGAUUCUGAACCUUAGCCCCAUAUUAGAACAUCCUGCAGACCUUUAAAAAAGAUUCAUACCUGAGUCCCAUCCCACACCAACUAAAUCAGAAUUUCUGGGGUUGGGGCCAGAUUCUUGGUUUUUUAAAGCUUUUCCUGUGGUUCUGAAUGACACAUACGGUUGAGAAUCAUUAAUUUCCCCUUUAUAAAAUGCUCUAAAUACACUGGACUGUGUUUGGAAAUAUCAGAAUAGAACAAUUUACAGCUACUAUUAAGUAGCAAAUAUAAUGAUUGGUUAUAUUUCUUUAGGAAUAAAAGGUACUUGGCAUUCUUUAUUUGGGAAAUAAUUAUAGUCUUUUUUAAAAAAUAGUAAUAAAAUCUGCAAAUAAUUUAAACAUAAACUUUUAACGUCUGCCAUCUUUUUGCUCUCUUUGCUUUUUUAAAAUUUACAAUGAUAAAUGUUUAUCAUUUUGGAAAGCAUGUUUAAAAAUUGCAGAUGAGAAAUAAAGUCAUUGAUAAUUAUGUGUUGUCUUAACAUGGACACUUUAUCUGUUAGCAAUAUACUAGAUUAUAGUGGCCUAGUUCUUUGGGGUUUGAUAAUUCAAAUGUGUUUUUUUAAAUUGUCUUCUAAAUUUUUGGAAAUUAUUUUGUUAAGUACUUAACAUAGUUUGGCUCAAGUACUUUGUUUACAAUUUAAAUGGAUAUUAUAGCAUUUAAUGGAAGAAAUGGUUAUGGUUUAUUUGAGAAGAAUGUCAGCAUGACUUGGUGUAGACUUAAAAGAAUACAUGUGAAUAUUUUAUAAUGUGGAAUGGUCAUUGAAAUAUCAAGGUCUCGAGUAAUUGUAUUUCCUGAAUAAAUGUAUGUUUGAAUUUUCUAA